AUGCCGGUGAGACGCGGACACGUGGCCCCGCAGAACACCUUCGUGGACACCAUCAUCCGCAAGUUCGAGGGGCAGAAUCGAAAGUUCCUGAUCGCCAACGCGCAGGUCGAGAACUGCGCCAUCAUCUUCUGUAACGACGCCUUCUGUGGGAUGUGUGGAUACUCACGAGCCGAGGUCAUGCAGCAGCCCUGUACCUGCAGCUUCCUCUACGGCCCCCACACCACCAGACCCGCCGUGGCCCAGAUCUCCAAAGCUCUGCUCGGGGCGGAGGAGAGGAGGGUGGAGAUCACACUGUACACCAAAGAAGGUGAGUGCUUCCACUGUGUGAUAGACGUGGUCCCAGUGAAGAACGAGCAGGGUUUGGUGAUCAUGUUCAUCCUAAACUUCGAGCUGCCGUCUGAACCUCGCCCUCCUUCUUGCUCUCCGUCCAGAGACUUCCAGCGUGUGCUCCGCCUCCCCUUUAUCAGCCUGGCUCAGCCCCAGCGCCUGCGCCUGCUUCUGCGCUCCCUCUCCCCCCGCUCGGGUGCUCUGUCCCCAGACACGGAGGGCUCGGAUGGGGCACUCCCUCCUCUGGGACAUGAGUCUGUGGCCCUGGAGAAGCUACUGUCCCUGGGGGGGGAAGAGGACGGGCUGCUAUGGGAGAGAGAAGGGAGGGGAGAGGGGGAGAGCAAGGGACCAGCAUCGGCACCUCCAGCAUUCACUCAACAAAGGAGCAGUGAGGAGCAGGACUGUAUCUUCCACACUCCUCCUCCCUCUGUGGGCUUCAGCAGCUGUGGAUCCCUCAAGUUCUUCUCUUCUCUGGACGACGUGAAGACGGGAUCCAAGAGACUGCACAGCAGACACAGCUGUACAGGUGUGCUGAACAUGAGGCAGAGCAGUGGUGCUGAUGUGAGAGAGUCAGAGUCACGCUGCCGGACACACAGCCAGCCGCUGACGAGCCCCUUGGAGCACAGAGCCGACUCGUACGUGGCGUUACCUCAGGGCGACCUCCUGCCUCCCUGUAAACUGCACCACGUCACUGAGAAAGUGACUCAGGUCCUGAGUCUUGGCGCAGAUGUUCUUCCAGAAUACAAACUGCAGACCCCCAGGAUCCACAAAUGGACCAUUCUUCACUACAGUCCAUUCAAAGCCGUGUGGGACUGGGUCAUUCUGCUACUGGUCAUCUAUACGGCCAUCUUUACCCCAUACUCUGCGACUUUCCUGCUCAGUGACCAUGAGGAGGCGGCGAUGCAGACCUGUGGAUACUCCUGCUCUCCUCUGAACGUGGUGGACUUCAUCGUGGACAUCAUGUUUAUCGUGGACAUCGUCAUCAACUUCAGGACCACAUAUGUCAACUCCAAUGAUGAGGUGGUGAGUCAGUCUGCUCGGAUCGCGGUGCAUUAUUUCAAAGGCUGGUUCCUCAUUGACAUGGUGGCUGCGAUUCCCUUUGACCUGCUCAUCUACAGGUCUGGAGAACAGGAGGCACGAGGAGGAGCUGAAGGAGAGACGACCACUCUGAUUGGCCUGCUGAAGACGGCGCGGCUGCUGCGAUUGGUCCGUGUGGCCAGGAAGUUGGACCGAUACUCUGAGUAUGGAGCUGCGGUGCUCUUUCUGCUCAUGUGCACCUUUGCUCUCAUCGCGCACUGGCUCGCCUGCAUCUGGUAUGCCAUAGGGAACGUGGAGAGAGCGACCUCUGCUGGUAUUGGUUGGCUGGACACUUUGGGCGAUCAGUUAGGGAAGCCGUAUAACGAGUCUGUGGGCAGCUCAGGUCCCUCCAUCAGAGACAAGUAUGUGACAGCACUGUACUUCACCUUCAGCAGUCUCACCAGUGUGGGCUUCGGAAAUGUGUCCCCCAACACCAACUCAGAGAAGAUCUUCUCCAUCUGUGUCAUGCUCAUCGGAGCUCUGAUGUAUGCCAGUAUUUUUGGUAACGUCUCAGCAAUUAUCCAGCGGCUGUACUCAGGGACGGCGCGGUACCAUGCUCAGAUGAUGAGGGUUCGAGAGUUUAUUCGCUUCCACCAGAUCCCAAACCCGCUGAGGCAGAGGCUGGAGGAGUACUUCCAACAUGCAUGGUCCUACACCAACGGCAUUGAUAUGAACGCGGUGUUGAAAGGUUUCCCUGAGUGUCUUCAGGCUGAUAUCUGUCUCCAUCUGAACAGGACUUUGCUGCAGAACUGUAAGGCCUUCAAAGGAUCGACUAAAGGCUGCCUACGCUCUUUGGCCAUGCGGUUUAAAACAACACACGCCCCUCCGGGGGAUACUCUGGUCCAUGCGGGCGAUGUGAUCUCUGCCCUGUACUUCAUCUCCAGAGGCUCCAUCGAGAUCCUCAGAGGGGACGUGGUGGUGGCUAUACUAGGUAAAAACGACAUCUUUGGAGAGCCAAUAAACCUGUAUGCUCUGCCAGGGAAGAGCAGCUCUGACGUGAGGGCUCUGACCUACUGCGACCUGCAUAAGAUCCACAGAGAGGACAUCCUGGAGGUCCUGGACAUGUACCCGGAGUUCUCUGAAUAUUUCUGGUCCAAUCUGGAGAUCACCUUCAACCUGCGAGACGCCAACAGUGAAGUGGUGCUGACUGCAGAUGACUCUGACAUCGACCGAUUCAGAAAAACUCUGUUUGACAGAAAGUUCUCUACACCUGUCACAGGAGACACCAGUGCCUCCCGCAGACAGAGAGCCUACAGGUGGAGGAGGAGGUUCAGUAACUGGGAGCAAAGGGAGCAGAGCAAAGAUGAGCAUCGAUACACUCUAUAUGGUCCAGUGUUCUCCAGCGAUGAAGAGGCAGAAGAACCAGAAGUGAACAGUCCAAUCCAGACAACUCUGCUCCACACAGCCCCAAACUGCAGAGGAACCAGCGGAGAGAGGAAGGAGAGGGGGAACGCUAUCACAGAUGCAUUGUCAGGCAUGUCCAACAUCUUCACACUGUGGGGGGAGAAUCAGGAGCAGAAGUACGAACAAGUCCCCUGUGCUCCGAGCCUCCUGUCCCCCACUAGCCCCGAGGAAAAGGCCCUACCUCCAGAGAAAUACCCCCAACCUCGGGAAAAAUGCCCUCUACCUCAAAACUGCCCCCUUCCUAUAGAAAACCAUCCAAAAACAUCUACUGCACCUCCUACCAUCCUCCCGCAACAUCGCAGUCCCUCCCCUCAGACCCCUGGUGGUCUUUCUCCCAGUGUGUCCUCAGCCUGCUCAACAGCUCCCCCUGCCUGUGCCAGUGUGGUCCCACAUAGACAUAGAGUGGAGAUAGAGCGGAGGCUGGACUCGCUGCAAAGGCAGAUUGGCAGUUUGGAGAGUCGCAUGACUGCAGACAUCAGGACCGUCCUCCAGCUGCUACAGAAGCAGAUCUCCAUCCCUCCGUCCUACAGCACCCUCAUCACCUCCUCCAAUGUCUCCUCUCCUCCAGCAGGGGGCCGUGUGUCUCCUGUCACCUAUCCUUCAGUAGGGAGCCCUGUAUCUCCUGUCUCCUCUCCUCCAGUAGGGGGCAGUGUGUCCCCUGUCUCCUCUCCUACUCCCUCCUGUCCAGCCACUUCUUCAGCACUAGGAGGCAUCGCAGCUCCUUCCUCCUCCGGCUCUCCUCCAGCCCCUGAACCCAACAAAGCUCCGAGUUGCACAGGUCUGAGAAACAGCAGGAGUUCUACAGAAUCGAAGAGUGAAGCACUAAACUGUAAAUCUGAAAUGGGAGAAGUUAAGCUGGUCGAAUCUGACAGAGAGAUAGAAGGAGGACUGUUUAGACCAGAAUACAGAGAACUCAGGACCACGUACGACUCCACCAGAGGAACUAUGAAGAACGUGCUGAAACUUUCAUCACAGACUUACUGA